AGAUCUUCCUGGAUAACAUAAUGCCAGCUGAGCGGAAGAAGUCAGCCAGCAUGGAAGAAAAAGAAACAUCAUUAAGUAACAAAGAAAAGGAGUUUGGAGAGAGACGGUCAGCCAGCAGCCGGGACAGAGCCAAGGACGACGUCAGGCUGGGCAUGAAGAGAGAGAUGCUAAAGCCAGCUGAAGAUAAAAAGAAAAAAGUGGAGGAGGAGAAGCGGAAAAAGGACGACAAGGAGUGGAAGAAGAAAGAUGAGGAGAAGAUAAAAUUGGAAGAGGAGCAAAAGAGGAAGGAGGAAGAGGAAAAGCAAAAGCUGGAAGAGGAAGAGAAGAAGAAGCAAGAAGAAGAGAUGAAGCUGCAGCAGGAAGAAGCGGCUGCAAAGUUGAAAGAGAAAGAAGAAGCCCACCAGCUGCACCAGGAAGCUUGGGAACGCCACCAAGCCCGGAAGGAGCUCCGAAGCAAGAACCAGAACGCCUCGGACAACCGUCCAGAAGAUAACUUCUUCAGCCGGCUGGACUCCAGCCUCAAGAAAAACACCGCCUUUGUGAAGAAGCUCAAGACCAUCACCGAGCAGCAGAGGGACUCCUUAUCCCACGACUUCAACGGCCUCAACCUGAGCAAGUACAUCGCGGAGGCCGUGGCCGCCAUCGUGGAAGCCAAGCUGAAAAUCUCCGACGUGAACUGCUCGGUGCAUCUCUGCUCGUUGUUUCACCAGCGGUACGCCGACUUCGCUCCCUCGCUGCUUCAGGUCUGGAAGAAGCACUUCGAAGCCAGGAAAGAAGAGAAGACGCCCAACAUCACGAAACUGAGGACGGACUUGCGCUUCAUCGCCGAGUUGACGAUCGUUGGGAUUUUCACGGACAAGGAGGGCCUGUCUUUGAUCUACGAGCAGCUGAAAAACAUUAUUAACGCCGACCGCGAGUCUCACAGCCACGUUUCAGUGGUGAUUAGCUUCUGCCGGCACUGCGGCGACGACAUUGCUGGCUUGGUACCCAGGAAGGUGAAAAGCGCGGCAGAUAAAUUUAACCUGAGCUUUCCGCCCAGUGAGAUAAUUAGCUCAGAGAAGCAACAGCCGUUUCAAAAUCUGCUAAAAGAAUACUUCACCUCUUUGACCAAACAUCUGAAAAGGGACCACAGGGAACUGCAGAACAUCGAAAGACAAAACAGGCGCAUUCUGCAUUCUAAAGGGGAAUUGAGUGAAGAUCGGCAUAAGCAAUAUGAAGAAUUUGCUAUGUCUUAUCAGAAGCUAUUGGCAAACUCUCAAUCUUUAGCUGAUCUCCUCGAUGAAAAUAUGCCAGAUCUCCCUCAAGACAAACCGGUGCCAGAAGAACAUGGUCCCGGAAUCGAUAUUUUUACCCCUGGCAAACCUGGCGAAUAUGAUUUGGAGGGUGGAAUCUGGGAAGACGAAGAUGCCAGAAACUUCUACGAGAACCUUAUUGAUUUAAAAGCAUUUGUGCCGGCUAUCUUGUUUAAAGACAAUGAAAAAUGUUCUCAGACCAAAGAUUCUGGGAGAGACGACUCCAGAGAAGUAAAAGAAACUAAGGAAAACAAAGAUAUAGCCGGCACCGAAGAUCUGGAACUGGAACUAGAAAAUUUGGAUAUUAAUGACGAGACCCUUGAUUUAGAUUGUGGGGAUGAAGCAGAAGAUCUCACAAAAAAACUUCUUGACGAACAAGAACAAGAAGAUGAAGAAACCAGCACCGGAUCACACCUAAAACUUAUAGUAGAUGCUUUCCUUCAACAGCUCCCAAAUUGUGUAAAUAGAGACCUAAUAGACAAGGCAGCGAUGGAUUUUUGCAUGAAUAUGAACACCAAGGCUAACAGAAGGAAGUUAGUCCGUGCCCUUUUCAUAGUUCCUCGGCAGAGGCUAGAUUUGCUGCCUUUUUAUGCCCGACUGGUUGGGACAUUGCACCCCUGUAUGUCCGACGUAGCAGAAGAUCUCUGUUCCAUGCUGAAGGGGGACUUCAGAUUUCAUGUGAGAAAGAAGGACCAGAUCAACAUUGAGACGAAGAACAAAACAGUGAGAUUCAUUGGCGAGCUAACUAAGUUUAAGAUGUUCUCCAAAAGUGACACGCUGCAUUGCUUAAAGAUGCUUCUGUCUGACUUCUCCCAUCACCACAUUGAAAUGGCGUGCACUUUGUUAGAGACUUGUGGGAGAUUCCUCUUCAGGUCUCCAGACUCCCAUUUGAGGACCAGCGUUCUUUUGGAACAAAUGAUGCGGAAGAAGCAGGCCAUGCAUCUCGACGCGCGCUACGUCACGAUGGUGGAAAACGCCUACUAUUACUGUAACCCUCCUCCCGCGGAGAAGACGGUCAAAAGGAAGCGCCCUCCUCUCCAGGAAUAUAUUCGGAAGCUGCUCUAUAAGGACCUCUCCAAAGUCACCACUGAAAAGGUCCUGAGACAAAUGCGCAAACUACCUUGGCAUGACCACGAAGUGAAAGAUUACGUGAUAUGCUGUAUGAUCAACAUCUGGAAUGUGAAAUAUAAUAGCAUUCACUGUGUAGCCAAUCUUCUCGCCGGACUGGUCCUUUAUCAAGAGGAUGUUGGAAUUCACGUGGUGGACGGAGUUCUAGAGGAUAUUCGAUUAGGAAUGGAGGUUAACCAGCCAAAAUUUAAUCAGCGGAGGAUCAGCAGCGCUAAGUUCCUUGGCGAGCUGUACAAUUACAGAAUGGUAGAGUCGGCGGUAAUAUUUCGAACUCUGUACUCAUUCACCUCGUUUGGGAUCAACUCGGAUGGCACCCCGAGUCUCCUUGAUCCUCCAGAGCAUCUUUUCCGAAUUAGACUGGUCUGCACCAUCCUUGACACCUGCGGGCAGUAUUUUGACAGGGGGUCUAGCAAGCGAAAACUCGAUUGCUUCUUGGUCUACUUUCAGAGGUAUGUUUGGUGGAAGAAAAGCCUGGAUGUAUGGACAAAGGAUCACCUGUUCCCUAUAGACAUUGACUAUAUGAUCAGUGAUACAUUAGAACUGCUGAGACCCAAAAUAAAACUCUGCAAUUCUCUGGACGAAUCUGUUAGGCAGGUACAAGAGCUGGAAAGGGAAUUCUUAAUCAAACUAGGUCUUAUGAAUGACAAAGACUCUAAGGAUUCCAUGACUGAAGGAGAGAACCUGGAGGAGGAUGAGGACGAAGAGGAAGGUGGAGUAGAGAUUGAAGAACAAUCUGGAAAUGAAAGUGAAAUAAAUGAAGCAGAGGAGGAGGAGGGGUCUGAGAAUGAGGAUGACGAAGGAGAAGAGGAGGAGGAAGAGAACACCGAUUACCUCACUGACUCUAAUAAGGAGAAUGAAACCGAUGAAGAGAACACGGAAGUAAUGAUUAAAGGAGGUGGGCUGAAACGGGUCCCGUGCGUCGAAGAUGAAGAUUUUAUUCAGGCAUUGGAUAAAAUGAUGCUGGAAAAUUUACAGCAAAGAAGCGGAGAGUCGGUGAAAGUGCACCAGUUGGACGUGGCCAUCCCUUUGCAUCUCAAGAGCCAGCUGAAGAAAGGACCACCACUCGGCGGUGGGGAGGGGGAGUCUGAAUCCGGAGACACCAUGCCUUUUGUCAUGCUGACCCGGAAAGGCAACAAGCAGCAGUUUAAAAUCCUAAACGUGCCGAUGUCCUCUCAACUGGCUGCCAAUCACUGGAACCAACAGCAGGCCGAGCAGGAAGAACGCAUGCGGAUGAAAAAGCUAACCUUGGACAUCAACGAACGGCAGGAACAGGAGGACUAUCAAGAAAUGAUGCAGUCCUUGGCUCAGAGACCCGCUCCAGCCAACACAAACCGAGAACGGCGGCCUCGUUACCAGCAUCCCAAGGGUGCUCCUAAUGCUGAUCUCAUCUUUAAAACUGGUGGAAGGUAA